AUGUGCGGUUUUAUUUUAGACGUCUCUUCCAAGACUACGAAGAGUAACGCAGAAAUGGAAGCUAUGAAACUAUUCAACCACCACCAUUCAUUUCACCUACAAAAUCACUCUAAGGAUCAAAAAAAGCUUCAACUGUUUUCUACGGUACCUCUUUUCUCCAAAAAUAUUUCUUUUAUUAAAAAAUCUUCUCUUUCUAGCAAUUCUCAGACUCAUUUCACUUCCCUCAAUUUCCAUGAAAACCCAUCUCUGAAACCACAAAACAAAGAUGGGUUUUCAAGCAAUAAGCUUAUUAUGGAGUUUGGUGAACAGGGGUUGUUUGAAGAUGUUAUAAGGGUUUAUGUUAGAAUGCUUCGAAAUGGUUUCCAAGUUCAAGAUUUUAAGUUCUUUCCUUGUGUGAUUAAAUCAUUUGGUGGGCUUUCGGAUGUUAAAAGUAGCAGGCAAAUCCAUGGUCAUGUAUUAAAGUUAGGAUUUUUGGCUGAUGUUUAUGUUGUGAAUGCACUUUUGGGUAUGUACUUCAAAUGUGGGGAAAUUAAGGAUGCAGUUCAGAUUUUUGAGAAAAUGAGUGAAAGAGAUUUGGUUUCAUGGAAUUCCAUGAUUUCCGGGUUCUAUCAGUCAGAGGAUUACUUGGGUUCACUGAUGAUCUUUAGUUUGAUGACUAAGGAACACAGGUUGUUCCCAAAUCGGGUAGGUUGUCUCUCUGCUGUCUCAUCAUGUGCUUCGAUCAAGUCAUGGAUUCUUGGAAGAGAAAUUCAUGGAUUUGUUUUGAAAAAUGGAUUGGAAAAUGAUGAGUUUCUGGUUAGUGGAUUGAUUGAAAUGUACAUGAAAUGUGGAGAUGUUAGAAAUGCUGAGCAUGUUUUCAAUAGUAUAGUAAAUAAAGAAUCAGUGAGAGUAAAUACUGUGAUUUGGAAUGUCAUGAUUAUGGGGUAUGUCUCUAAUCAGUGUUUGUCAAAGGCACAGGAAUUAUUUGUUGAGAUGUUAGAGUUAGAAAUUGAACCAGACUCUUCAACAUUGGUGGCUGCUUUAGUUUUGUGCACACAGUUACUUGAUUUAAGCUUAGGAAAACAGAUCCACAGAUUGAUACUUGCCUUUGGAUUAGAAAACGACACCAGAAUUCAAACUGCUCUUAUAGAGAUGUACUUCAAAUGUUGUUAUCCUGAAUCUGCUUUGAAAAUCUUCAGAAGAUCUCAUAGUGAUAACUUGGUAAUGUGGGGUGCAGUUAUAUCAAAUUCUGCUCAGAAUGAUUUCCCCUUUAGGGCACUGGAACUGUUCUGUAACUUCAUGUCCAAGUAUGGUUUCCCUGAUUCUCAGAUGCUUUUGGCUGUGUUGCGCUCAUGCUCAUCCUUGGCUCUCAAGGCUAAAGGCAUGGAAAUCCAUUGUUUUGCUGUUAAAACAGGAUGUGUUUCCGAUUUUUAUGUUGGUAGUGCUCUAGUUGAUAUGUAUGGAAAAUGUGGAGAUAUAGAGUCUGCACAAAAUAUUUUUUCUAGAUUACGUUUCAGGGAUUUGGUUGCAUGGAAUGCCCUAAUAUGUGGAUAUUCUCAGAAUGAGUGGUUGGAUGAAGCUUUAGCAGCAUUUUGUGACAUGCAGCGUGAAGGAAUUAGACCCAAUUCUGUAACAACUGCAUGUAUUCUCUCUGUUUGUGCUCACUUGUCAGUUAGGAUUCUGUGUAAGGAGGUUCAUUGUUUCUUAAUACGGCAAGGGUGGAAUUCCAAUGUUCUUGUGAGUAAUUCUCUGAUUGCUGCUUAUGCCAAAUGUGGUGACAUCAAUUACUCAUGGAUUAUAUUUGAGAACAUGCAUGAAAGAAAUCAAGUAUCUUGGAAUACGAUAAUAUCCGCUUUAGGAAUGCACGGUGACAUGGACAAAAUGUUUGCUUCCUUUGUAAAAAUGAAGCAAGCAGGCAUGAAACCCGACCUUGUAACUUUUACAUCCCUUCUUUCUGCUUGCAGCCAUGCUGGGAGGGUUGACAUGGGAUGUAAUUUUUUUCAAAGCAUGGUUGAAGAAUACAAACUUCAGCCUCAAGUUGAGCACUAUACUUGUAUGGUUGAUCUUCUAGGACGAGCUGGCCACCUCAGUCAGGCAUAUGAUCUGGUCAUGGACAUGCCAUGUGAGCCCGAUGAUCGUAUCUGGGGUUCACUUCUUGGAUCUUGCAGAAGUCAUGGUGAUGAAAAGCUGGCUAAGGUUGUGGCCAAUCACGUAUUUGAACUUGAUGCCACAAGCAUCGGUUAUCGCGUCCUCCUUGCAAAUCUUCUUGAAGAUUUGGGGAAAGCACAUGAAGUUGUCAAGGUUAGAUCAGAAAUUAAAGACAUGGGGCUUAAAAAGCAACCUGGAUGUAGUUGGAUUGAAAUUGAUAAUGACAUACAUGUAUUUGUUGCGGGUGAUUGUUCACACCAUCAGUCGGAAGAGAUAUACCCUGUGAUAGAUAGUUUGACACUAGAACUAAAACAGGCAGGAUAUGUUCCUCUACCCUAAACAAGUCUCCUGCUUGAUGAGGCUGUUUGAUUGUUAAUAAUGAUAUGGUUUUGCAUAA